AUGGUGCUUGGGAAGUACAUAUUGUACUUCUUUUUAUUUACUUGUUUCUUAGAUCAAACAAUACAGUUGGAAGAUGCUAACAUUAUUAAUGCAAACAUUUAUAAUAAUAGUCAACUACACUCAAGGCCAGAAAAUGAAUAUGAUAGAGUAAAAGAUGAAGAAUGGAUAUCACUUUCCGCAGAAAGAAGAUGUCAACUAAUAAUUGAUAAGUUAGAGCAUGACACUUUAGUGACUAGUGAAUAUGCUCGUUUAAAUUUAAUAAUUUAUUCACUACUCAGACCUAUUCCAGUCGAAGAUAAUGGGAUUUGCCUCAAACGCCUGAUAAUAUGGCAUUAUGAGAAGGUUGAACUAAUUAAAAGUAAUCCAAAAAUUAAAAAUUAUGAAGAUAUUUUACCUGUUAGGCUAUUACUUCUCGGAAUGUCCCCAAACCAACAUCCUAGAGAGUCAAGAAAUUUAGCAGAAAUACCUAAUUUUUUAAAUAUUGCCUGUAAACACCUAUUAUCACAAAAACCAAGGGUUAGAUGGCCACUUAAUGCUGCCAGAAAUCAUCCUUAUAUAGCUGAGGUAUUUGGUUUUCAAAAAUUAUGGAUAUAUUCUACAACAGAAGUUCUAUCUGCAUGUGCCCAACAUAUUUUUCAGACUUCUAAUGGAUAUAUUAUUAGCAUACUUGUUUCAGCAGAACAACUAGUUGAUGAGACUACAUUUUAUGACUUAAAGAAUGCUUGGAAGGAUCGUAUUAAAGGCUCAAUAGAGCAAGUUAGAAUCAAUAUGGAUAUGGAAGAAAAUAAAGAAGUUAAAAAUAAAAUUCUAAGGACUAAUGUGACUAAACAUGAUCCACAAGAAAAGGAUAUACCAAAGGAAGUAAGAUGUUAUGGAAAACUAGAAAUUGAAGAGGUUCCAAUGAAGAGACCAACAGAAAUUAGAUUCUCACCUUCAAAACUCCCAGUUCCUGAAUUGCCAACUUCUGUGUCUUCGGAAAUUUGCUCUGAGGUCCAAACAAAAGAGAUACCAGGGAUGUCAAAAUAUAAUUUAUUUCCUGGGUUCUCAUCACCAGAAACAUUUUCUUCAAUUAUUGUACCUUCAGAAUAUCCCUAUGAAAAUCCCCACCUGACUCCAAUACAUCCAGAUGAUAGGGGAAACGUUAAUUUUAAAAUCUAUCGUAAUUUUUGGAAAACUCCAUAUUUAACAGAAACAGAAAAACAUUUAGGGAAAAAUACCUUGGACAAAUAUAUAAUUAAAAAAGCAGGAAUUUCAUGGCCUAAUAUAAAGGAGGAUGCAUUAAAGUGGGAGAGUAAUAUAUUGAGUAGACAAAUCCCACCAAGGAUAGAAGUUUACGAGGUACCUAAGAUGAUGGAGCAAAGAAAAUUAGUUUAUCCAUAUGAAAUCGAUGAAACCGGAAUAUUAUCAUAUUACAACUAUGUAUCUGAUCAGGACAUUGAUAAUACAUACAAGUAUGAUAAAUAUGAUAAAUAUGCAUAUUAUGAUGAUGAGGAAUUAAAGAAACAAAAAAGUAAAGAAUACAGUGACUCAUCAUCUUAUUUAUUAAAGGAACCUUUAGUCAUUACCGAAGCUCAGUCUACACAGAAUAUACCAACAUUGAAGUAUGAGGGACUAGUGGGUAAGAGGUUUAUUAAUUUAUUAUUGACUACAAAAAGGGAUGUCAAUGCAAAAAAUAAUGUAUUGGAUGAAGAUGAUGAAACUGUAUACUUAGAAAUGAAGUUUCGUGAAGCAGCGAGACGUGCAAUGAUCAAUUGGUUUUAUGAUCAAAAACCUGAAGGUUAUAGGAUAAAUGGAAAAGAUCGUGUAGUUUUAAAACGUAUAUUUCAAUGUAUUGAUAGGAUAGAUCCUGUAGAGCAUGAAGAGUUGCUGAUUCUCGGAGAUAAUGAAAUAGUAAGAGCUGUUUUAGAGAAAUACAAUAGAAUUAUUAAUAGAAGAGAACCUAAAGAGAUGGAAAAAAUUUUAGUUGCAUCAAGUAAAAAACGCCCUUAUAAAAUCAAUAUUUUGAAAUCUCAUAAUAGAAAUAAGCAUGAAACUCAUAAAGAUACAGAGGAGUUUCCAUCUCAAGUUUUGGAAGAAGAAAUUAUCACUUUUGUACCAUCUGGUAAAAAAUCUCAUUUAGCAAAAGAUAAAUAUAAUUUUUCAAAUUUAUUAAAAGAGGAACGAUUGAAGAGAUUUCAUAAAUUAUUAAGGAAAACUAUUGAGUCGAGAUUAAAAAGGAUUGAAAGUAAAAAUAAUAAAAAGAUUGUAAAUAAUGAAACUGAAAGGCUUAAAAAACUUUUAGAUGAUGAAAGAAAAUAUAGAGAAAAGUUGGAAAGUGAGUAUAAGAAUAAUUUAGAGGAACAUGCCAAAAUUAUGGAUAUUUUAAAGAAUAAUCAAGAAAAAAUCCGCAAUAAGAUGAAGGAUGAAAAUGAAAAAGAAAAGGCAAGAUUAAGGGGUGAAAUGAACCAAUCAAUGGAACAAAUGGAAGUAGCUUUGAAUGUAGCUUCAUCUGCUAUUGGAGAUUUAGAAAAACAAAAUGAAUUUCUGAAUAACAAAUUAAAAAAUCUUGAUGAAGAAAAUAAAAUGAUCAGAAUGAUGAUAAAUAUGAGAGAUAAUUAUAUGAAAGAAUUAGAGAAAAAUCAUUUUGAGGCAGAGACAAAGCAGCAGAAACAAUUAAAUGAGAUGAAAAGUAUCUAUGAAAAACAGCUUAAAGACUUAAAAAGCAAUAUUGAAAAUAACGAUCCAAUAACUGGAUUCAAAAAUAUGGUGGAAAAUUUGGAAAUAGAAGCUCAAACUCAGUUAAAUAGAAUAGAUGAUACUCAAGUGAGCGAGAACAAGAUUAAAGAAGCAAUUAAUCACAGAAUAAGGGAGAGAGAAAAACAACUAGAGUUAGCUUAUCAAAGACAGAAACGUAGAGAUGUGGAAUAUUUAGGUUAUAUACUGCAGUUACUUGAGCAAAAAGGUACCAUGAAUGCUGAGAAAGUUGCAAAUGAACUUAAAGAUAGAAUAAUGCAACUUGAGGAUAAACAAGAAGAGCUUCAGAAUACAAGAGAAGAGUUAGAGAUUGUAAAUAACGACUUAAUACAAAAAGUUGAGCAGCAACAUGAGAAGAUAAAGGAAUUAAUGAAGCAAGUUGAGGAUAUGAAAAUUCAACGUAAUACUGCUCAUGAAGAACUUAAACUAGCUAAAAUAAAAUUAAAUGAUGUAGAAGAUGUAGAAAAAAUUUUGAAAAGGAAGAUGGAAAAUAUAGAGAGUAGUGGUGCUCCUUCAGAUGAAAUUUUAGAAUAUUUGAAGAAAGCAUUAAGUGUAGCUGAGAAGGAAAAGGAGACAGCAAAGAAAGAUGUCGAGAAUGCAAGGAUCGGAUAUGAUCAGAGCGAGGUGGGAAUGCAAACUGCAAUUAAGGAUCUGGAGAACGCAAGAGAUAUUUAUGAGAAGAAUAAGACUUUUGAAAAACAAUUGAAUGAAGAACGAGAGGAGAAGCUAAAGGAGAGGAAAGAGAGACUACAGAGAGCUAAGGAGGCAGGUGUUUCACAAGCUAGCUCCGAUCUUUUAAAAUGCGACAUAACUCCACUAUUAGAUCACGAACUGGAAGAGUUAAAUAGACUAAGGCAGCUUGGAUUAGAAGAACUUUCUGAUACAGAUAGAAUUAAUCUGAUAUCCUUAGGUCAGAGACAGCUAGCAACUAGAGAGGUCUCAUUUGAGGCAUCACUUGCAUCAAUAAAUAGUAAAGUUGCUAAAGAACUCGAUGAAAAGGAGAUUCAAAGUGUUUCGACAUUGUGGGAAGAUGCAGCAGGAGCAUCAAUAAGUAGUAUAGAGCUCGAAAAUUCAAAGUCUGAUAUAGUACUAAAGAAAUUAGAAGAACAAGACAGAUCAAUUAAAGCUAUGAAGGAUAUUUUAUUAGAAACUCAAGGUACUAUUGAAGAACUUAACAAACAAUUAAUAUUACAUAGGGAGCUGUCGAAUUCAGAAAAGGAACCAAUUCAAAUAUAUAACGAAAAAAAGGGGGUUGAUGUAUUUGAAGAGUCAAUGAUUCCAGAAAAUACACCUUAUCCUAUCCAUACUCAAAAGAUAAGUUAUAUGGAUUCUAUAGCUCCUAAAGAACAAACUCCAUUAGUAGAACCUGAUACUAUAAAGAGUGAAAUGGCCUUAGGAAGUGAAAUUUCAGAGAAAGAACACACAGGUGAAUUAAGCGAUCAAGGAAAAUCUUAUGAAAGUACAUCAGAACUUUCACAGUCACAACAGGAUUUUUCUGAAAACUCAAGGCUUUUAAUGAAAGAACUUCUUGAGAAGACAAAAAAAGCGAAGGAAGAUAGUCCAUUAUCUGUGCUAAAUCGUAGAGAAAGUUCAUAUACUCCAGUAGUAAAACACUCUAUAAGUGUACCUAAUAUUAAUCCUAAAGAAACGUUAGUAGCCAAUACAAUAUAUGAAGAUACAAUAAAUAAUCAUCAACAGAAAGAAGGACCUGUAGAAAGAAAUGUAUAUAUACUGCAUGAUAUUCAAGUUCCAAGACCACCCUCUAGCUCAAUAAAGUGUGAAGGGAUUGUGAAAUCGUUUCAGCGUUCCUUAAAACAAUUUCUUGAUAAUUUUCAAUCAAAUGGCAAAAAAUUUGAAGUUUUAUCUAGAACUGUGCUUCCAGGACUCCAAUAUGAUGAAUGCUAUAAUUCCACAAUCUCAAUAUUUGAGACUUAUGAGGAAAAGUUAAGCAAGAAAGGUGCACACACAAGGGUAGUCGUACUACUGACAGAUUUUUUAGAUUCAGGAGUAGUCAGCUUAGGUGACUUUCGUGGUGCUGGCUAUAUCCAAAGCAAAAUACCUUAUAUUGUACAAAAUAUGCUAGGAGUUCUAAAGUAUAACUCUGGAAGUACUAGUAUGGUUGAAAAAAUUAUUAAUAACUUUCCUUCAGAAUGGAUACAUGAACAUAUUAAAACAUGCAAGGAACUACUUUCAGGAAAGAGCAUAUUAUCUAUUUCAAAAUCUGGUUUAUCUCCAACAUCUACAACCGGAAGAUCUGAUUCAAUAUCAAUACCCUUACAAGAAGCACUUCUUGAGCUUACAGAUAUCCCACCCAUAAUACUUGCAAAUUUGGAGGUUGCACCAAGACCAGAUCGUGAACCAUGUGUAAGAACAAUGAGGAGAAUGAAGCAGAGAUUAGGAGAAGUGAAGGGACUAUUAAAUAGUCAGAGUGAGUUGAAACUGAAACAUAAACUGAAAUUUCAGGAUCCUCAAACAAAAUUGUUUAUAUUUACUUUGGAAGAUACAAUACCUUAUGAAAUAUCAGAAGUAACCCAAAAUAUAGUACCUUAUUGUGAAAAGUACAUAGAAGAAUUAUUUAUAAAAAUGAGUAACAUGAGGUGGAUUGCAAUACCAAAAUCGAAUCCAUUGGUGAGAAUCAUGGUUAUUCCGACAACAAAUAAUCCAGCACUUCAAAAUGACAAUAUAGAUGUAACUCUUUGGAAAAAAAAAGCUUUAAAAUUAGCCUUUGCACAUAAAGAUAUAUUGGAUAAUUGGACAGGUACUACUUUAACGAAACAUUUGACUGCAGAAGAUUUGUCAACGAAAACUUUCAUGAGUGAUAAGAGGGCAAGAGAGUUAAUAAUUCAGCUUUUGGAUACAUUGAAUCUGAAAAAUCCUGAAGAUAUAAAAUUUUUAGAGGAUAAUGGUUGGGGUAUAAUUGACGAUAAAUCAGAUGGGAAGUUUAUAAGACGCCCAGUAGAAGGCAUAUUAUUUAUAGUGCGUUCAAGUGAUGUAAUUCCACCUGGAACAGAGAUUGAUCCUCGUUUUUUAUCUAUGGACCCAGAUGAAUCCCCAUAUAUAUUAGAACAUGUAAUUAAAAAAUAUAAUACUAUGUCAUCAGAGUCAACAGAGUCAUCAGAAUCAUCAGAAUAA